AUGCACUCCAUCUAUUCCAGAGCGAACGCUUUGUUCGCAUUCAUGUUAUGGGUGCUAGCAGCUGUGACGUUCGCUUGUUUUCUAUCUACUACGUUUGCCGACUAUACCUCCAAAGUUGAGAUUACUGUUAAUAAUCCGAGAGUGCGGUCUAUAGCCGAUUAUUCAACGUCAUCUGAAAAGGCGGACAUUGGCAUGCUGGACUUCUCAAUCUCUGGCGAUUUCACGAAGAUUUUUAAUUGGAAUGUAAAGCAACUGUUCCUGUAUCUGGUCGCUGAGUAUGAGUCUCCGGAGAAUACGAUGAACCAAGUUGUAUUGUGGGAUAAAAUUGUGCUACGCAGUGAGCGGGUCGUUCUUGACGAACGUCGUCUCCAAAGCAAGUACUAUUUCCUGGAUGACGGAUCGAAUCUGCUCAACCAUCCGAAUGUCACACUGGUAUUAAGGUAUAAUGUGGUUCCAAAUGCCGGGUAUCUGAGAUUGGGCCAAGCAGAAGGACAAGCAGUCGUGAGAUUCCCGGCUACGUACACAACCAAGAAGAAUUAG